CCCUCGCAGCUCACUGGUGGUGGAGCCGCUGCCGCCUCUCAAUCAAAGAUACUACGAUCUUUGCUCUCAAUGUCGAGGGGCGGCCUGGGCGCUGCAACGCGCCAUUCGCCCGGGGAGGAGGCAUGGAGCAGAGUAGCCCUCUGCCCAGCCAGGACUGGUUCCAGGAAACUUUCACACAGUACGACUACGGGGGGCAGAUAAGUGCGGCGAGGGCUCGGGAGUUCGGCAGAUUGUCAGGAGUCACUUACCUGGACCAUGGAGGAGCAACUCUAUAUCCGCACAGUCAAAUUCAUCACUUUUACCAAGACCUUGCGGAAAAUAUCUAUGGUAACCCCCACAGUGGAAAUAUUGCCAGCAGACUGACACAUGAUACUAUUGAACAUGUUCGUUGCAGGUAUGGUAUUAAAACUAUGUUCCAGCAUAUUUACCUGGCUUUUUCUAAAGCGGGAGCAAACAAGUUGCAGGAUGGUCAAGGAACAACGCAAAGAGGCGUCGAGAAGCAGUAA